ACCACUCCCGAAACCACUCAAAAGAUCGUUUCAACUCAAAAAACCGAUGGCUCAAUUAAAUUGGACAAACAAGUUUCUGAACAUAUUGAUAUAUCUUCUGAUGACAUUCAAAAGACUGUUCAAUCUCACGGUGUUAGUGACAAAUUAAAAAAUAUUUCGCAAAGUGCAUGGGAAACAGCAUUGUCUCUCCGUUACUUAACUAUGACUUCAUCCAAAGAUCAAGCCGAUCAGCACAAGGAUAAUUCUGAGAAGGCUAAACAGUACCUUAUUAAAGAGCUUAAAGAUGAAAAUUUAGUUAAGGAAUUAUUAACUGCAUCAGACAAGAUUAUCAUCGAACAAAGCGUUCAAAAAGAGAAGAAAGAUGCCGUCGCUACCGUUCAACAAUCUACUUCAACUGAGAAGGUCCACGAAAUAGUAUCAAAUCAAAAAGAUGACGGAUCCCUACAAUUGACUGAGGCGGUUUCCAAGGAGCUUGAAACCGAUUCUACCGAAUCAUUAGUAUCUUCCGUCAAAUCCUACUUCACUACAAAAGAUAUCAAAUUACCCGAAAGCAAGAAAAUCAUCGAUACUGCCAUGACCUUAUCUUUCCUCCGAAAAACAUCAUCCGCGGAUUCAUCACCAGAAGUGAAAGAGAAGUACGAAAAGGCGAAGAAAUAUUUAAGCUCUCAGAUAAAAGACGAGAAAGUGGAAAAAGAAUUAUUAGAAAAAACCGAUCAAAUUGUAGUUGACCACGCAACGAAAAAAGUAGUUAAAGAAAAAGCCAAUAAAGUAAUAAUUGAAAAGAUGCAAGAAUCUGUAACCGUAGAAGAGGUCGAUAAAGUUACCAAAACUCAAAAUAAAGAUGGCUCGUUCGAAAUUUCCGAAAAAAUUACCGAAGACCUUGGCAUAACCACAUCAAAAGACAUUACAUCAAUUAUUCGUGUCUCUGAUGAACGCGUCAAGAAAUUUGAUGAAAAGACCUGGAACACGUUCAUAACGUUGGAAUACUGCAAUAAGGUAUUAGGUAAACAUGAAGUAGUCAAGGAUGAAAAAUUAGAAAAAGAAAUUUUGGAAUCAUGCGAAAAGGUUGUGGUCGAAAAGGUUUCCGAUAAGAAGAAACAAUCAUCAUCAUGGUUCACAUCAGUUGGAGGUUAUCUCACUUCAACUACAAAAUAUCUUGAUGAUGCCGGAUCAGACGAGAAGUCGUUUCCAGAACCAGUUCAUGAGAAGUCAAAUAAAGAUAGUGAAAAAAGCUCUGAACAGCAAAUGAUUCAACAGAUGAAAUUGAAUCAUGGUUUAUUCAUGGAUGAGUAUGGCAUGCAACCAAGCAAAUUGGCUAUUAUUAAAGAUGAUGGUAAAUUGAAUAUCAGUUCAUAUAAACAGCAACCUAUAGUAUAUACAAAUAUAAAUGAUCCCGAUUCUACAACAAAUCUUAAUUUUGAAACUAUUUUACAACCAUCUGAUGCAUGUAUUAAUUUUCCGAUCGCUGAAAUUGCUUAUAAUGGUGUUUUAUCGGAAGCUUUUGCGAAUGAAGAUGAAAAUUUAAAUGAAUUGUUUGGUCAUCUGUUUGCAAGGAAAGUUACAGUUGGUGGUAAAUUAUUUAUCAAAGGAUUUAGCUCAUCUAAUCAAACGCAAAUUGAUAUCGCAAAAUUUUAUUUAUCAAGUGUUUAUAAUUUAGCUAAACAUUAUAACAAAUUUUCUCCACUCAAUCAUUUUUCCGUUUUUCACUUUCUAAGAAUAGAAACAUUGGAUGGAAAAGUACUAGAUACACCUGUGAAGUUGGGCGAUUGGAUGAGAGAUUUAUAUCAAAAUAACAACUUUGAUAUAAUUUCAUAUGAUAAUCUUAUUCCUAUUUCUCAAUUAAAACACGAAGAAUUUUCAGAUGUUAACUUUGAAUCUUGUCCAAUAGAAAAGCAACCUGGAGUUGCUAAUUUUAAGGAGAAAUUAAGUUUUGAUGUGUGGACUGGAAAUGUUAUGGAUAUUAAUUUAGUAGGCUGGAUUAAAAACCUUCCGCAUUGUCAAGUUAUUAAUAAAUCAUAUAAAUUGGAAAAGAGCAAAAAAUUCGCGGUUAAUAUCGUCAAAAUACCCAAUAUAGAAUCAAGCAAUAAAUCUUAUUUGGAAACUACAAAAGUGAAAGAAGAAUUGAUAAUCAAUAAUAUCUUUUCUAUUAAAGAUUUAAGCCAUUUUCCCUUUGUUGAUAGGAAUAUUGAGUCGAAUGAUUCAAGUUAUGAUGAAUAUAGUUUUCUCAUCAAACUUGAGAAAUAUGAAAUUAUUAUGAAUAGGGAUCAUUUUAAUCCUUCGAUAGAAUUUGAGCAAGCUAUAAAUGACGCACUUGAAAGUAUGAAACCAUAUAAAGCUUUACAAGGUGUAUUUGAAGAAUAUGGUCAAUUUUUUGCUCAAAAAAUUACUUUGGGAAGGAUUUUUAAAAAGAAUAUACCAAAUGCUACUUCUGCUAAAAUUUAUUUAAAAUCGCCGAUAGUUAAAUCUUUAGAACCAUAUUUAAAUAAUUUAAAUAUUCCAUAUCUUUUAACUCAGCAAGGAAAGAUUAUUGAAAAAAAUGAAUUAUUUGGUUUGAUACAAGAUUUAAAUGAUUUGGAAAUUAUAGAAUUAAAUGAUUUCAUUCCUCUCUAUAAAAUUCUUGAUGAACAGCAACAAAGAAAAAUCGAUAUUAUUUUAAAUUCUAAUGACUGUAAAUCUUCGGAAAAAAAGAAUUUCUGA